AUGCCGUCCGAGAGUGCGCCUGGUUCCUCGGCGGAAUCGAACCGCCGUGUUGGAAACUUCCUGGCUGUGCAGUGGGAGAUACUCCACAAGUUGAUGCGGAUUGUGAUUUUGUUCUCGCAACAUGAUCUAGGAUAUCUUGUUAAUAUUGAGAUUUGGUUGAAAGGCAACCAAAUAACACUUCCUGACACUGGUUGCGGUUCAAAUUUGUCGAGCCAGAACCGCAGACUGGGGAAUUUGAUCAAAAUAUGGAUUCCAUAA